UCUAUUAACUUUGCCUCAUCCAUAUGACCAAUAUCUCAUUCAACAAAAACAAAGGAAGAUAGAUAGUAAGUAAUGAAUAUGAAGGGAGUUUUAGUUGCUUUUGUUUUGAUUAAUUUGUCAAUAUUGACAAGUUGUGGGGCUCCAAGGAAGGUAAUUGAUGUGCCUUUUUGGAACAACUAUGAACCAAGUUGGUCUAGUCACCAUAUUAAGUACCUUAAUGGUGGUACUACUGCUGAACUUCUUCUUGACAAAUCCUCUGGAACUGGAUUUCAAUCAAAGAGAUCGUAUUUAUUUGGUCAUUUCAGCAUGAAAAUGAAGCUUGUUGGAGGAGAUUCUGCUGGUGUUGUCACUGCUUUUUAUUUAUCAUCGACUAAUGCUGAACACGAUGAGAUAGAUUUCGAAUUCCUCGGGAAUAGAACCGGUCAGCCAUACAUAUUGCAGACUAAUGUGUUCACAGGAGGCAAAGGAGACAGAGAACAGAGGAUCUAUCUCUGGUUUGAUCCAACCAAGGACUUUCAUUCAUAUUCUGUUCUUUGGAACACUUACCAAAUUGCGAUUUUUGUGGAUGAUGUUCCAAUAAGAGUAUUCAAGAAUUCAAAAGACAUAGGAGUGAAAUUUCCGUUCAAUCAGCCAAUGAAGAUCUACUCAAGCCUAUGGAACGCGGAUGAUUGGGCUACAAGAGGAGGGUUAGAAAAAACUGAUUGGUCGGGGGCACCAUUCAUUGCUUCCUAUACUUCAUUCCACAUUGAUGGAUGUGAGGCUGUCACACCACAAGAGGUACAAGUUUGUAACACCAAUGGCAUGAAAUGGUGGGAUCAAAAGGCUUUCCAAGAUUUAGAUGGUCCUCAAUAUAGAAAACUUCAUUGGGUUAGACAAAAAUUCACAAUAUAUAACUAUUGUACUGAUAGAAAAAGGUAUCCUACACUUCCUCUAGAGUGUAGAAGGGAUAGAGAUCUUUAAUAAGUUCUUAUUUGUAUGGGGGCAUUUUCAUUUACUCUUUAUAUAAAAACUGAUCCAUUUUGUCUGGAGACGAA